AUGGAUUCUCAGAUCAAGCACGCCGUGGUCGUGAAGGUUAUGGGGAGAACUGGUUCUCGUGGUCAGGUGACUCAGGUUAGAGUCAAGUUCACAGAUUCGGACCGUUUUAUCAUGAGGAAUGUUAAAGGACCGGUGAGGGAAGGAGACAUCCUAACUCUUCUCGAGUCCGAGAGAGAAGCCAGAAGACUCCGUUGAUUCAUAUGCCAUUCUCUAUGAAAGUGUUACCAUGAUCUACAGUUGCCCUCUUAUGUUUCUUAACCUUAUGGUUGUCUUUUUGUCUAAGAAAUACUCUGUUUUAAUUACUUGAAUUUUGUUGAGACAAUGUUUGAAUCGAGAAAUGAAUCUUUUUUCAU